ACGGAAGUGACGUGGAUGACGCCGAGCCAAAGGCCGGAGCCGGCAGGGCCUGCUGUCCUGCGGUCACGAUGAGCUGCACCAUCGAGAAGAUCCUGACGGACGCCAAGACGCUGCUGGAGCGGCUUCGGGAACACGACGCGGCGGCCGAGUCGCUAGUGGACCAGUCGGCGGCGCUACACCGCCGGGUGGCGGCGAUGCGGGAGGCGGGCGCGGCGCUUCCCGACCAGUAUCAAGAGGACACCUCCGACGUCAAGGACAUGUCCAAAUACAAACCGCACAUUCUGCUGUCCCAGGAGAAUACACAGAUUCGGGACUUGCAGCAGGAAAACAGAGAGCUCUGGGUUUCUUUGGAGGAACACCAGGAUGCUUUGGAACUCAUCAUGAGCAAGUACCGGAAACAGAUGUUGCAGCUAAUGGUUGCUAAAAAAGCAGUGGAUGCUGAACCAGUCCUGAAAGCUCAUCAGUGCCAUUCUGCGGAAAUUGAGAGUCAGAUUGACCGAAUCUGUGAAAUGGGAGAAGUAAUGAGGAAAGCGGUUCAGUUGGAUGAUGACCAGUUUUGUAAAAUUCGUGAAAAACUAGCCCAAUUAGAGCUUGAGAAUAAAGAACUUCGAGAAUUAUUGUCCAUCAGCAGUGAGUCUCUUCAGGUCAGGGAGGAAAAUUCAAUGGACACUGCUCCUCAAGCCAUCAUAUAACUGAAUUUCUGAGUGACUGCUGGCUUGUCCAAAAGGAACAAUCAAGGAAGGAAGAUGUUAUCUUUCUACUCAAGUGUGUCCAUGCAGUGUCUUGCCUCAGACCUUUUCAGGGAAAAGUUUAGAGUUUGUUGUCCAAACUGGCUUUCCACAAAACAGCAUUUGGGUGUUGUUAGUGGAAGUACGCUGAAUUUUGCUAUUCCUUUCCCUAAGAGACUACUUUUGUAAAUUUCUUUUUUGGGACCUCAAUUUAUAUAAACUUACUUUUUUCCAUAUCUUGAAACUCAAAGCAUUUGAUUUCAAACCAGCAAAUUUAUUUUAUAUUGUGUUAUAAAUUGCAUUCUAAAACAUUCUAAAAGGAUCUAAGGUUUUUUUGAUUUUUGUUUGGUUUGGUUUUUGUGUGGGGAGAGCCUGGGGAGUGGGUCUUGCUCCUUGUGAGCUGUUCAGGGACUGUUCCUGGUUCUCUCUUCAUGGUCUGCUCCUGGAAAUGCUGGGGACCAUGUGGUUCUGGGAAUGGAAACAGGGUCCACCUCAUGUGAGCAAGAGGUUUAAUCCCUGCACAACCAAUAGUUUUGAUAGUUUUUAAAUCCAUUUGGCAUUAGGCUGUGUUUUUGUCCAUUUGAGAAAAUGAAUAUAAUUCCAUAGAACUAGACCAGCAGUUUCUCUGAUUUGUAAUGUCAUUCACCUUCUAUGAAUUGUUAAGUCUC